AGAGAGUUUGUGUCAGUUCGACCAGAAUGAGAAUUUUCAAUCAUAUCUUCUUGUUACUCACCAUAUUAGUGGUUUUCUCUGCUGUGGUUGCUGAAGUAGUCCACCACAUAUGCCGUGUGCCGCCGCUUCCACCAGACGUUGCUGAACAAAUUCGGAAGUGGGGGCAAAAAUUAAAAAUUAAAUCGGGACAUUGACACUUCGUGCUCGAUUGUCGAUAAACCUUGGCAUUGUG